ACCCAGGCCCGCUGAGCCGGGGGUGGGCGGCUAGUUUCUGCAACGGCAAAGAGCCUGUGGGUUUAUUAUAAGGCGGAGCUCGGCGGGAGAGGUGCGGGCUAGAACAGACAGAGCCUGGCGCAGAAGAAGGAAUCUGGCAGUCGGGAGCUGACUUCAGCCGGUGGAACCUGCAGCCGGGACAGCAGCGCGCUGGGCAGGCACCGGCAUAGCAAAGCGCAGCGCAAUCAGCACAGCCGGCCCGGAGCUCCGCGCAACCCGCAACUCCGACCGGUGCAGCCCGCCGAGCUCCCGCCGCCGGUCUGGGCAGCAUGAGGCGAGCGGCGCUUUGGCUCUGGCUCUGCGCGCUGGCGCUGCGCCUGCAGCCUGCCCUCCCGCAAAUCGUGCCCGUAAAUGUGCCUCCUGAAGACCAGGAUGGCUCCGGGGAUGACUCUGACAACUUCUCUGGCUCAGGCACAGGUUCUUUGCCAGAUAUCGCUUUGUCGCGGCAGACAUCUUCCACUUGGAAGGAUGUGUGGCUCCUGACAACCAUGCCCACAGCUCCAGAGCCCACCGCCAGGAAUGCGGAGGCCACUUUUACCUCCGUCCUGCCAGCUGGAGAGAAGCCGGAGGAGGAAGAGCCAGUGCUCGUUGCAGAAACGGAGACUGGCUUCACCUCUCAGGAAAAGGAAAAAGAGGCCACCACCAGGCCCAGGGAGACCACACAGCUCCCCAUCACCCAGCGGGUUUCAACAGCCAGAGCUGCCACAACUCAGGCACCUUUCACAUCUUCUCCCGACGGGGAUGUGCAACCUGGCCUCCGUGAGACAUUGGCUCCCACAGCACCUGGCCAACCUGACCAUCAGCCUCCAAGUGUAGAGGAUGGAGGUAUUUCUGUCAUCAAAGAGGUUGUUGAGGAUGGAGCUACCAAUCAGCUUCCCACAGGGGAGGGCUCUGGGGAGCAGGACUUUACCUUUGAAACAUCUGGGGAGAACACAGCUGUGGAGCCUGGCCUGCGGAAUCAGCCCCCAGUGGAUGAAGGAGCCACAGGCGCUUCUCAGGGUCUCCUGGACAGGAAGGAAGUACUAGGAGGUGUCAUUGCUGGAGGCCUGGUGGGGCUCAUCUUUGCUGUGUGCCUGGUGGCUUUCAUGCUGUACCGGAUGAAGAAGAAGGACGAAGGCAGCUACUCCUUGGAGGAACCCAAACAAGCCAAUGGCGGUGCCUACCAGAAACCCACCAAGCAGGAGGAGUUCUACGCCUGAUGGGGGACUAGUUCUCCCCCCAACCCCUGCCACUCACUAGGCUCCCACUUGCCUCUUCUGUGAAAAACUUCAGGCCCUGGCCUCCCCACCGCUGUGCCGUCUCCUCAGUACCCAGACCCUUCCAGCUGUUCCUGCCCGAGUGGUCCCAGGGUGUGCUGGGAAUUCAUUCUACUUCUUUGACUUCUGCCUAGAAGCUUGGGUGCAAAGGGUUUCUUGCAUCUGGUCUUUCUACCACAGCCACAUCUGAUGUCCACUCUUCUGACUUGGUUUCUCCAAAUGCUCUGGACAGAAAGGGACCCAAUUGCUCUGGAACCUAGAUGGCCUAUUGUGGCUGGUGGAUCCUGGGAACAGGAGAGAGGCUUCGGCUGACAUGCCAUAGCACUUACCCGUAGAGACCACUAGGGUUGGCCAUGCUGUGGUGGGCGAUGGAGUCCAGGGCUCCUUGGAAUUCACUUCUCAUUGUGGGGAGGUCUACUUUAGAUAUCAACUUGUUUUUGCACAUGUUUCCUCUAUUUUCUCUGUUCAGAGCCCCAGUAGACCUUACUUCUGAGGUAAGGCAAGUCAGUUGACUGGUGUCCCUCACCUCGCUUCCCUCUCCUCGUUCGGGAGACAGCAUCGGGGUUAAUAAUAAGACUUCUUGUUUUUGUUUUUGUUUUUAACCUAGAAGAACCAAAUCCGGACGCCAAAACGUAGGCUUAGUUUGUGUGUUGUCUCUGAGUUUGUCGCUCAUGCGUGCAACAGGGUAUGGACUAUCUGUAUGAUGCCCCAUUUUUGGUGGCCCACAAGUAGGCUGGCUAGUUCA